GUGGGAUGUGGGAUAAGGCACAACGACCAUGCCAGUUUCCUCCAUUAGUGAGCUGCCCAGUUCAUAUAAGGGUCGAGCCUGGAUGAGCCGUUAACCCCAAAACUUGGGUCUGAGUCAACUCGCCGGAUUAGAUUCAUUGAUAAAUCUAAACAUUGGGAUUAUGAGGAUCAUAAGCUAUGCCGGUGUUACAAAACCCAGCUUUUUGCUUGUGCAUCCGGAGUUACCGGCACUUGCAUGGAAGCUACAAUUAACUUCUAUAUCGCCUCGAAUCCCUCGUACUCGUGAGAAGUUGGUUGGGUUGAUUACAAGGUCUCAGCAUUCUGAUACUGGUAGAACACAAGCAACCAGAUAUGCGGAUUCAUCUGUGUCAAAGACAAAGUCCAGUCGUUUGGGUCAGAGACAACGAGGCCCUUCAUCAUUGUAUAGUCGUCCUAGUCUUUUAGAUAUGAAGAACGACAAGGUGGCAAAUCGUGCCAGGGUUUAUGAUUUCUUACGAGGAAUUGGUAUUAUUCCUGAUGAGCUUGAUGGUUUGGAGCUUCCUGUUACAGUUGAAGUUAUGAGGGAGCGUGUGGAUUUUCUUCACAACCUGGGGCUUACAGUUGAAGACAUCAACAACUAUCCACUUGUUCUAGGCUGCAGUGUGAAGAAGAACAUGAUUCCUGUGCUUGAUUAUCUUGGGAAAUUGGGCGUUAGGAAAUCCACUUUCACCGAGUUCUUGAGAAGAUAUCCGCAAGUCUUACAUGCUAGUGUGGUUGUUGACCUUGCACCAGUGGUCCAGUAUCUUCAAGGAAUGGAUAUCAAGCCUGAUGAUAUUCCUCGUGUACUUGAAAGAUAUCCAGAAUUGAUGGGAUUCAAGCUUGAGGGAACCAUGAGCACGUCGGUGGCUUAUUUAGUUGGCAUUGGGGUUGCAAGAAGAGAGAUUGGAGGUGUUUUAACUAGAUAUCCUGAGAUUUUGGGAAUGCGUGUAGGUAGGGUGAUCAAGCCUUUUGUUGAGUAUCUUGAAAACUUGGGUAUUCCAAGAUUAGGGGUGGCUAGAUUGAUAGAGAAGCGGCCGCACAUUCUCGGGUUUGGAUUGGAGGAGAGUGUGAAACCAAAUAUUGAAUCUCUUUUGGAGUUUCAUGUUCGAAAAGAAUCACUUGCUUCUGUUGUUGCACAAUAUCCUGAGAUAAUAGGAAUUGACCUAAAGCCUAAGCUUUUGAGUCAACAGAGUUCACUCAAGUCAGUAAUUGAUUUGGGUCCGGAGGACUUCGGUAGAGUUGUUGAGAAGAUGCCACAGGUUGUUAGCCUGAGUGAUAAACCCAUGAUGAAGCAUAUCGAUUUCCUUAAGAAUUGUGGGUUCUCUUUGGAACAAAUGAGGAAGAUUGUCACUGGGUGCCCCCAGUUGCUUGCUUUGAAUCUUGACAUCAUGAAACUUAGCUUUGAUUUCUUUCAGAAAGAGAUGCAAAGGCCUUUGGAUGACUUGGUUGCUUUCCCAGCAUUCUUCACUUAUGGUCUGGAAUCCACCAUAAAACAAAGGCAUAAGAUGGUAACAAAGAAAGGGUUGAAAUGCUCUCUUGGAUGGCUUCUCAAUUGCUCUGAUGAGAAGUUUGAGCAACGGAUGGACUAUGACACUAUUGAAAUGGAUGAGAUGGAAUCAUCGCCAUCAUUCGACAUGAAUACUCUCACUGAACCAAGGAGUGAUGAGUCAGCUUCAGACUAUGAUAGUGAUGAUGAGUAUGCAUAGAAUCAUGAGUCAAUCCCAGGGGUUUUCUUGUAGAGUUUUCGAAUGUUAUAUUAUAAAAGCUAGUUUAUUUGCUCUUA